AUACUCACAACGUGGAUCCAUAAAUGAAUGGUGGGCUCGACCUCCACAUCAUGCUGGGCCGAUUUCUGAUUGGUUCCAUGUUCAGCUGGAAUACACGCGGCCAUGAGUAUAUAUUGUGGCAAGGUGUAAACACAUUUAAGCGAAAGAGUAAUUUGAGAGCGACGUUUACGCACUCUCCAGAUAUCUCUCCAGAUAACGCAUCGCUUUUUUGCGCAGAGACAGGAUUUUCGAUAGAAUGAGAACGCAAAUUCUGAAAGCCCCGCAGAUCCUGGAGCUACUGAAGAAGAAGUCCGUGGGAUUGCAGCACUGCAAACCCACUUCUUCGGUCUGCGUACUGGACGCCAAGGAUGCUGCUCCCACCGCGCCGUGCGGGCACAGUCUCGAUUCCAUCCCGGGUCCAACCAACUGGCCACUAUUCGGCAGCCUCGUUCAACUACUCUUUAAAGGCGGGCUGAAACGCCAACACGAGGCAUUGGUGGAUUAUCAUAAAAAGUUUGGAAAGAUUUUCCGCAUGAAACUUGGUUCUUUUGAAUCAGUGCAUAUCGGUGCGCCCUGCUUGUUGGAGGCGCUGUACAGGAAAGAGGGCAACUACCCCCAAAGACUGGAGAUCAAACCGUGGAAAGCCUACCGAGACCUUCGGGACGAAGCUUACGGGCUUCUCAUCCUGGAGGGGAAGGACUGGCAGAGAAUGCGGAGUGCGUUCCAACAGAAACUGAUGAAACCGACCGAAGUCAUGAAGCUCGAUGGCAAAAUCAACGAGGUCCUUGCAGAUUUCGUCAAACGGAUUGGAGUAAUUAGGAAUAAUGGGAAGAUCACUGACUUAUACUACGAACUGAACAAGUGGUCUUUUGAAACAAUUUCCUUUAUUUUGUACGACAAGAGGUUUGGACUUCUUCAAGAACACGUGAAUGAAGAAGCGAUGGACUUUAUCGCAGCGAUAAAAACGAUGAUGAGCACGUUCGGUGUCAUGAUGGUAACUCCGGUGGAGCUUCAUAAAAACCUAAACACCAAGACCUGGCAAGACCACACGGCAGCCUGGGACCGAAUAUUUGGCACAGCUAAGCUGUACAUUGACAAGAAGCUGAACAGACAAGGACGUGAGAAGGAGGAAGACUUCCUGUGUGACAUCUACCACCACAGUCACCUGACCAAGAAGGAGAUGUACGCCGCCACCACGGAGCUCCAGAUAGGAGGAGUGGAGACGACGGCCAACAGCAUGCUCUGGGCUGUUUUCAACCUCUCCCGAAACCCCGGUGCUCAGGGAAAGCUUCUGGAGGAGAUCCAGACGGCCGUGCCUGCGGGCCAGAUCCCCACCGCUGAGCACAUCAAGAACAUGCCGUACCUCAAAGCCUGCCUCAAGGAGUCCAUGAGGCUCACACCGUCUGUGCCCUUCACCAGCCGUACCCUGGACAAAGAAACCUUGCUGGGGGACUACACGCUGCCCAAAGGGACGGUUCUAGUGAUCAACAGCCAGGCUCUAGGUUCCAACGAAGAAUACUUUGACAACGGGAAGCAGUUCCGUCCGGAACGCUGGCUUGAGGGCAAGAGCUCGAUCAACCCUUUUGCCCAUGUGCCCUUUGGCAUCGGGAAGAGGAUGUGCAUUGGCCGCCGCCUGGCUGAACUACAGUUGCAGCUGGCACUUUGCUGGCUGGUGCGUGACUAUGAGAUUGUGGCCACAGACCUGGAGCCUGUAGAAGCGAACCACUUCGGCACCCUGGUGCCCAGCCGUGAGCUUCCUGUGGCCUUCACGCGACGCUGAGGGGGGAAUCCACUGCAAGCCUAUGACUCCUACAAGAAGCCUCAACAUGCUGCUAUAUGACUUCAGUUUUCCUCGCAUAUAUACCUCAUGUCAUGUAUUCAUGCAUAUCUUAUUCUAUAUUAACUGUAAUGAUUAGUUAUUGACCAAAUCGUCAGUCAUGUAGACAUACUGAUAUGGUCUCCCAUGGUGACUGCUUCUAACUACCUUGUAGUUAUGACUUUGUCUUUUGAUAGUCUCAAUGAAAUGCGAUCAUUUCUAUGCAUACACUAAGAUAUUUCUAUGUGUACACUAAGAUAUUUCUAUGUACAGUAUAUAACUUAAGUAUUCAGUAAAUGUAUCUAAUGAGAGCACAGUAUUUUAUGUAUAUAGAUGUAACAUAUUCUCAUUUAUUUAUAUAUUCAAAUAAACCUUUUCUAUUUGUUAUUUGUGUUUGUGCCUUGUUGUUUAGCAGUGUAACCAUAACUCUUCGUAUAUGACAUUGUUUUAUAAUUUUACAUUAUUUCAGAAUAUGUUAUCAAAUAUGCUAUGAAAUGUCUUUAAAAAUACAUCACAAUUUGUCUGUGA